UUUAUGACGUCACCCCGAACCCGGAACAAACAACGUAGAAACAACGUGACUAACUUGCAACCGACCCCAGAAAGCGUUCCCCCCAGAUUAUUCCAAGCUUUUACAGAAGGGAGUAAACGGAACUGUGUCGCAAGAAUGGCGCUGAAUAAAUCCAUGCAUCCUCGGAAUCGUUAUAAGGACAAACCUCCGGACUUUGCGUACCUGUCUUCAAAGUACCCGGAUUUUCAGAAGCACGUACAGACUACAUUAUCCGGCCGGGUGAUGCUAAAUUUUAAGGACCCGGAGGCAGUGCGUGCUCUUACAUGCACACUGCUGAAGGAGGACUUUGGUCUGAGCAUUGAGAUUCCUUUGGAGCGGCUCAUCCCUACUGUCCCACUGCGCCUCAACUACAUCCACUGGGUGGAGGAUCUUACCGGAGGGCAGGGCAGUCCACGCCGGGGCAUCGAUAUAGGUACGGGGGCCUCCUGUAUCUACCCCCUGUUGGGAGCCUCGAUGAAUGGCUGGUACUUUCUCGCAACAGAGGUGGAUGACAUCUGCUAUAAUUACGCCAAGAAAAACGUUGAACAAAACAAUAUGGCAGACCUGAUUAAAGUGGUGAAGGUGCCCCAAAAGACCUUGCUAAUGGAUGCUUUGAAAGAGGAGUCGAUAGUGUAUGAUUUCUGCAUGUGUAAUCCACCUUUCUUUGCCAACCAGUUAGAGGCUAAGGGAGUCAACUCGAGGAACUCGCGUAGACCCCCACCCAGCUCAGUCAAUACAGGAGGAGUGACCGAAAUCAUGGCUGAGGGGGGUGAGCUGGAGUUUGUGAAAAGGAUUAUCCAUGACAGUGUACAGCUUAAGAGGAGGCUCAGAUGGUACAGCUGCAUGCUGGGGAAAAAGUGCAGUCUGGCCCCUUUGAAGGAGGAGCUGAGAAAACAAGGGGUCCCCAAAGUAACGCACACUGAGUUCUGUCAGGGGCGCACCAUGCGCUGGGCUCUGGCCUGGAGCUUCUAUGAAGAUGUGACCAUGCCAUCUCCGCCAAACAAGAAGCGUAAGGUGGAGAAGGCACGUAAGCCGCUAAGUUUCACCGUAGUAGAAGCCACUGCAGUGGAACUGCACUCUCAGGCUCUCAGCAUUGGCCAAACACACACCAGCCAUGUAGAAAGCGUCAGCUACUGGUUGGAGAGCAUUCUCACAGACCUGAAGGUAUUGCACAACCGUGUGCCCUCUUGCGACUCUGAACUCAGCCUCUUUCUCACUGCUGUGGAGAACACUUGGGUCCAUGCUCGGCAGAAACGGCGUGAGCAGAGCCGACAGCUCCAUGAGGUGCCCAAAGCUCCAGAGCUCGGCACUCCCGUUGGUGACUGUGUGGAGCCGACACCAGCACAGGACGUUACAGUUCCUUCCAGUAAUGAAAAAGAAUCCAAAGCAAAGCAGGACCCUGAAAAGGAUACAGAUGUCCCCUGUAAGACCUCCAGCACGCAGGAACAGGGGUCCAGUGUUGCAGCUAUUUCCCCAAGCUCCAGCUCAGUCCACCGCUUCCUGUUUAAGUGUCUGAUGAAUGUGAAGGUGGAGGACAGUGAUGUGUUAGUUGAGAUGCACUGGGUGGAGGGUCAAAAUAAAGACCUGAUGAACCAGCUAUGUACAAGUGUUAAGAACUCACUCUUUCGUCGAGUAGCCAUGUCCGUUUAACCCAGGUUUUAAGUUUGUAUGCGCUUUAUGUUCAAAAUCAGAUUUCAUUACCAAAGCACUGUCGGAGGUUUGAGCCAUACUAAAGUUUUGACUUCUGAUGCUACAGUACAGCUGCAGAGUCAGUGGUGAAAUUUGUUUUAUUGAAUGUUUGUUUAGCUUUAUUACCUUUUUAAUAAACAUUUUAAAAGUU